UUGUAAUGUUUCCUAACCUCGAGCAUCUCACCUUAACCUCAAAGCCUACAAGUUUGUUUUUGUCAGUAAAAUUGUAUAUUUUUGAAAAUUUACCUCUUGUUUAUUCUCCUAUAAUCUUAUUUUUAUUAGAAAAAUAGAUUUAUAUACCAAAGCACUAAAGACAAGCAUUUGUGUAAUGGGUAGACGUAAGCCGGGCUUCAGAAAAAACCAUUACUUCAGCCAUCAAAAGCGACAUCAGAAAGAUGAUCCAGCACAAAAAAAUGAUGAGAGAAAGCAACACAUAACUUACAAUGACAUUGUAAGGGAAAACGAAAAAUUUGUUGAAUAUUACAGGACCCAAAAUGUGUGCAAGCCAGAAGAGUUUGACCAGUUCAUCCAGUAUAUGAAAACUGACUUGCCAUCGACAUUUAGAAUCACUGGUUCUAAAGGGGUGGCAAAAAAAAUGCUUGAAUUGGUAGAAGGUGAACUUAUUAAGGAGUGUGUUCAGCAAGAGGGAGAUCACAAACCAGUCAAUAUGUUUCCAUUACCUUGGUAUCCUGAUAAGUUGGCAUGGCAAUUAGAACUAACAAGAAAGGACAUCAGACGAUUGGAAGCCUAUUACAAGCUCCAUAACUUCCUUAUAUCCGAAACUGAACAUGGCACCAUCUCUAGGCAAGAAACUGUUAGUAUGAUUCCACCAUUGGCUUUAGAUGUCCAACCGCAUCAUAAGAUUCUUGACAUGUGUGCAGCCCCCGGUUCAAAAACGGCACAGUUAUUGGAACUAUUACAUAAAAACGACGAUCCAAUCCCCUCAGGUUAUGUUAUAGCAAAUGACGUGGAUAACAAACGAUGCUACAUGUUGGUACACCAAGCUAAAAGGCUGAACUCUCCAUGUGUGGCUGUUAUUAACCAUGACAGUGCAUGUUUGCCUAACAUGCUUGAGACAUUAGCUGAUGGGUCAACUCAGCAAAUUCAAUUUGACAGGAUCCUUUGUGACGUACCAUGUUCUGGAGAUGGUACUUUAAGGAAAAACCCUGAUAUAUGGAUGAAAUGGACACCUGCUAAUGCCCUGAACCUUCAUGGAAUUCAAUAUAGAAUUCUAAGGAGAGCUGCAGAACUGCUCACUAUUGGGGGAAGAAUAGUUUAUUCAACAUGUUCAAUAAAUCCUGUGGAAAAUGAGGCAGUAAUUCACAGGAUGUUGGUCGAGUCAAAUGGAGCUUUGGAGCUGGUUAAUGCAUCAGAGUCUUUGCCAGGAUUAAAAUAUACACCUGGUAUGGAAGACUGGUUGGUCUCAAGUAGAAACUUAGAAUUUUACAAAACGUUUGAAGAAGUUGAUGAAAAAUGGAAAACCACCAUAAGGCCCCAAAUGUUUCCUCCUAAAACUAAAGAUAAGUCUAAAUACCAUUUAGAUCGUUGCAUUAGAAUUCUUCCUCAUCAACAAAACACUGGAGCCUUCUUUGUGGCGGUGCUUCAGAAAGUGAGCGCUUUUACGGCCAGAGAAAAGAAAAAUGAAACGGAAAAUGUCGAAGAAGAAACCGACGUGGCUAAAAAGAGGGAAUUCGAUGAGAGGUUGCCACAAAAUCAAAGAAAACGCCGCCGCAAAGAUGUCUACAGAGAAGAUCCAUAUGUGUUUUUCAAAGAAGACGAAGAAGUUUGGACCGACAUCAAAAGUUUUUAUAACAUUUCUGAUAAGUUUGACCCUCAAUGUCUACUUACCAGAUGUAAUGAAGGGAAGAAGAAGAAUAUUUAUUUAACAUCAGCCGCGAUCAGGGAUUUGGUCAUUACUAACCAGGAUAAUAUCAAAUUUAUUAAUACUGGAGUUAAAGCGUUUGUUAGGUGUGAUAAUAAGAAUAUGAAGUGUGCCUUUAGAAUUGCUAAUGAUGGUCUAGAAAGCAUAUAUCCUUACAUAGGAGAUUGUAGGAAAGUGACUAUUCCAAAAGAGGAUUUGAUAGUAUUGCUUACAAAUAAUGACCCACAAAAUUCACCCCAGAUUGUUAGCUUAUCUAAAACUAUUCAGGACCAAGUAGAAAAUUUGAGUCCAGGAAGUUGUAUACUGGUAUACACAGAAAAAUUGAAAGAUGAAGAAAUGCAGAUCCACAUAAGUGGUUGGAGGGGAACCACCUCGCUGAGGUGUUAUACCACUCAACAUAGUACUGUGCAUUUAUUGAGGUUGCUUGGGGGCGAUAUAUCAAAAUAUGAUGUCAGCAAAUUUAAGAAAUCUGACGAAAAACCAGAGGAGGAAUGUCCCGAAGCCACUAAUGAAAACGGUACAGCUCUCACCGACGAAUUAAAAUAAUAAAACGCCAUUAAGUUUGGUAUUAUUUUUAUUUUAGUUAAGUCAAAAACAGAAUUUUAUUAAAAUGUACAACACGUGAGAAAAUACAAUAAACAAAUUGCUGAAAAUGUAAA